AUGAACGUUUUCACAGCCGUGUUUGUACUUUUAACAUUUGUUGUUGCCGUUCUAAGUUAUGAAUCAGUAGGACGAUUUGUAGAUCCAGCUCAUCCUGGCAAAUGCGUUUAUAAGGAUUUAAUAUUGUCCCCUGGUGAAGAGGGUAAACCGAAAGGGGAAUGUAUACGUUUUAUGUGUAAUGACUCGUCGGGUUUCGCAACACUGCAGGGUUGCGGUGUAGAGGCAGUAGCUCCACCAUGUAAAUUUGGAGAUUUCGUUGAUCCCGAUGGCCCAUAUGCUAAGUGCUGUGAGCGACAUAUUAUAUGCCCUUAG